AUGCUUCCGGAAGAACAGAAGGAGGAGUUUGUGAGCGUCUGGGUUCGAGACCCUAGGAUUCAGAAGGAGGACUUCUGGCAUUCCUACAUCGACUAUGAAAUCUGUAUUCACACCAAUAGCAUGUGUUUUACAAUGAAAACGUCCUGUGUACGAAGAAGAUUCAGAGAAUUUGUGUGGCUGAGGCAGAGACUGCAGAGCAAUGCAUUGCUGGUACAACUGCCAGAACUUCCGUCUAAAAACCUCUUUUUCAACAUGAACAACCGCCAGCAUGUGGACCAGCGGCGCCAGGGCCUGGAAGAUUUCCUCAGAAAGGUCCUCCACAAUGCGCUCCUGCUGUCCGACAGCAGCCUGCACCUCUUCCUGCAGAGCCACCUGAACGCCGACGACAUUGAGGCGUGCGUUUCGGGGCAGACCAAGUACACCGUGGAGGAGGCCAUCCACAAGUUCGCCCUGAUGUACAGACGCUUCCCCGAGGAAAAGGAAGACGGAGAACAAGAAAACAGCACAGAUUAUGGCUCAGAAAGUUCGUCCUCCGGGUUUGGACACAGCAGCCAAGACAGCAGCUCACAUGGGUGUAAAAUGAGCACAGCCCCGCAGGAUUCCUGA